AUCUUAUCUCUUAGAGUGCAGACAUUAUUCGAUAUCCUCUUAGGUCACACGUACUAUAGGGCCGUGCAGUGAAUUACUCUAACCUUGUGUGAGAGCUCAGCACAUGACAGAGGGGUGGAGAAAGCAUUGUAGGGGCACGGCACUAUGCCUCCCACUGCCAAUAAGAACUUGACUGACCUCAACAUUUAGCACCAUAGUGUCCAGAUUAUCCAGAUAUUUGAUCUGGGCUCUGAAUUAACUCAACUUUUCAGCUUCACUUUCGUCACUGGAAACAGAUGAAGUCUGAGGCCGAGAUGCCACUGGCAAUUUUUGGACUGUCAAAGUGGAUAUAGACCCACAGAUCACUUCUGGAGUAUCUGUGAAACAUAUGCAGUGAUUUCUUUUUUAUUUCAUACAUAUUCAGAGACGCUCAGUCCCAUUCAAUGAUGUCUGCAGUGUGUUAACGUGCCUCCGAGACUGUUGUUUAUCUGCAGAGCUCAUCUGGCCCCGUUCAGGAGCUCCUGCCAAGACCCUAUGUUUUCAGAGUGAGGAACGUGACAGGUGUGAAUGGAAAUCCAGAACAUCCACCUCUUCUAUUUAUCAAAGGUCCUCAUAGCUGUAUAACGUGUUGUAAUUGAAGAGGAGUUUUGUGAGUGAAAAUGGCGCCCGCCGUCGGUGGUCCUCAAGGCUACACACCACCUGAGGGUGGCUGGGGAUGGUUGGUGGUAGCUGGGGCCUUCAUCUCUAUUGGCUUCUCCUAUGCAUUUCCCAAGUCCAUCACUGUCUUGUUUAAAGAGAUUGAGGUGAUCUUCGAUGUGACCAGCAGCGAGGUGUCCUGGAUCUCUUCCAUCAUGUUAGCGGUCACGUACGGUGGAGGUCCUAUCAGCAGCAUCCUGGUUAAUAAAUAUGGGAGUCGUCCUGUUAUGAUGGCGGGAGGAUGCCUGUCUGGACUGGGCCUUGUUGCUGCCUCUUUCUGCAAAUCCAUUCAAGCACUGUACUUUUGUAUUGGUGUGGUGGGAGGUUUGGGAUUGGCCUUCAACCUCAACCCUGCCCUCACUAUGAUUGGAAAGUACUUCUACAAUAAACGGCCUAUUGCCAAUGGAAUUGCCAUGGCUGGCAGCCCUGUCUUUCUCUCCACCCUGGCUCCUCUAAACACCUGGCUCUUUGACCACUUUGGCUGGAGAGGAAGUUUCCUCAUCCUGGGUGGCCUGCUCUUCAAUUGCUGUGUCGCUGGUUCCCUCAUGCGGCCAAUAGGACCAAAACCCAAACCUGCAGAGAAGACAACAGAGAGGAGGACUGUAGUGCAGAUUAUUAACAGCUUCAUCGACCUCUCUUUGUUCAAGCACCGUGGCUUUUUGCUCUAUAUUAUGGGCAAUAUUGUCAUGUUUUUCGGUCUCUUUGCACCACUGGUGUUCCUCAGUAAUUAUGCAAAGAGUAAAGACAUCCCUAAAGAGAAGGCAGCUUUCUUACUGUCUGUGCUGGCUUUUGUUGACAUGGUUGCCCGGCCCUCAAUGGGCAUUGUGGCUAACACCAAGUGGGUCCGGCCCAGAAUACAGUACUUCUUUGCUGCAUCUGUGCUGUACAACGGUGUUUGCCACAUUCUAGCACCAGUAUCAGUAGACUACAAAGGCUUUGUGAUUUAUGCCAUCUUCUUUGGGUUUGCUUUUGGCUGGCUGAGCUCCGUGCUGUUUGAGACCUUGAUGGACCUGGUGGGAGCUCAGCGAUUCUCCAGUGCUGUUGGGCUGGUCACUAUUGUGGAGUGUGGUCCUGUAUUGUUAGGGCCCCCUUUGCUUGGGAAGUUCAAAGACAUCUAUCAUGAUUACAAGUACACGUACCAGGGCUGUGGGAUCCUCCUCAUCGUCUCUAGUGUCUUCCUGUUUGCAGGGAUGGGACUCAACUAUCGACUGCUGGCCAAAGAGAAAAAAGAGGAGGAGAGGACAGCCAAGGUGGGAGGCAGAGAACAAAAGUCGAACAGGGUCAAUGCUGCCAAGGAGGUGGCAGAGGCAAGGAGCACAGAAGACACUGUCUAAUCUGUACCAAGUUACAUUUUUGUUCAAUUUGAUCUUAUCUGUGAGGCGUAUAUAUAUAAAAAACAGAUGCUGGAGUGAAACAAAACAGCAGAUAAACAUUCUGUUUUACAAUGAAUUGUUUUUGAAGACCACCACAGAAAUCAUAGCCUCAUAACAUCACUUGCAAUGUGUAAUCAAAAUAUUUACACACCUAUUAAAGAUCUUAAUAGACUAUAAUGAACAAUCCACACAAAAUACCUCUAAUAUUCUUAUAGGGACUGGUAUAUGUGUUUGGUAGACUGUUCAAGUUUGCUUAGGCUUUUAUGUCACUUAUAUUGUUAUAUUAUGGUAUUUUUUCAAUCUCAGAUGGUAUCACUAUAACCUUUCUAUAACUUUUUCUGCAGCACAUCAUUUAUAGUAUUUUGACCUUCUAUAAUGUACCAUCAGAUAAUUAAAAAAAAUUAAAUAGGGAACAUGCGAAGUGUAGUGUAGUAUUUUUUUAAAGUGACUGCAAACAUUCUUUUUGAAAGUGCAUAACACAUAUAUAAAGACCUUCUCCUGUUUACAAGGACUGUGCAGUUUGGGAAGGUUUGAAAACAUCCUCUAUGCCUCUUUCACUUUGUAUAUUCCACAAAUAUAGUCAUACUAAUUCUCGAUUUCUCUUUUAAACAUGUUUUGCUGGUCUAUUUUUUGAUGAUGGAAGAUGGAAAUUAUCAAUCAUUCUCAGUGCAUUAAACCUUGUUGCAUAGCUUUGUGUAUUCACGUGAUGGAAAAAUGUGCCACUACUGACUGCAAGUCACUGUAUAUGGAAGACAUGUCAUAAAAUCAAAUAAACUGUCAUUUGACAAGAAUA